AUCGUUCUCAUUUUCCCUCUUCUCUCUCCUCUUUCCUCUCUCCUCUCUCUGUCACUCCCUUUCCUACUUGAGAGAGUUGAGACCCUCUCAUUGUGAGUUGCAAGCUGUAAUUAGAUGUGAAACUUUCAUCAUACUUGUACUCUUCCCACAGGCUAUAAUAAACAGUGUUCUUUCUCUCUCUGAACUGCACCACACUCUCGCAUAAUCUAACGUAUCACCUUCUUCCCAAUGUCACCGUGUCUUUGAGACGCCUCGCUCUGUUCCCUCUUCCACGCGUCUCUCUCUCUCCUACCCACUUCAUCUCUUCACUCCCUUUUCUGACAAUGAGAUCAAAGUCUUAACCUUUCCCUCUUUUCACUUCCUGGGGUGGACCAAAUAAUACCAUACAAAAGAAAACAAGAAAAGAAAAGAGUUUAAAUCAGUUCGUUGAACAGGCGGCUGAGAUAUUGAAAACUUUCUGGUAUUUAUUUUUGAUUCCUACGUGAGUUAUUGUAAAUUUUUUAAGUAACUGUGUUUGAUUCCUGCGGAUAAAAAACAAGAAAAAGAUAUUUUUUUUUUGUUGAAAUGGCAACUUCGUUGAAAUGGUGGGGGAAGGAGAGUCACAGGGGCACCCCAGUGGUGGUGAAGAUGGAGAAUCCAAAAUGGUCGAUGUUGGAACUCGAGGGUCCUUCUGAUGAAGACUUCAUCAUUGGGAAUGAUAAUGAUAACAAUAAUAACAAUAGAGACAACAAAGGUAGAGGGAAAAACGCGAAGCAACUAACGUGGGUUCUGCUACUUAAAGCUCACAAAGCCGCAGGUUGCCUUGCUUCUGUGGCUCCUGCAUUAUUGGGUCUGGUCGCCGCCGUGAAGCGCCGCGUGGCUGCCGGAAGAACCGACGCCGACACCGACGGUGGCGGCGGCGGUGGUGGGAGGGAGAAGGAGAACCCCACCGUGAAGAGUAGAUUCUAUAACUGCAUCAAAGUGUUCCUCUUUGUGUCUCUUAUGUUGCUGUUUUUUGAGGUUGCUGCGUACUUCAAAGGGUGGCAUUUUGAGGCUCCGAGGUUUUGGGGUGUGAAGGGUGUGUUUGAUUGGGCUUAUUUGAUGUGGGUCUUUGUUCGCGUGGAGUAUCUUGCUCCCCCUCUUCAAUUCCUAGCCAAUGUGUGUAUUGUGUUGUUCAUUGUCCAGAGUUUGGAUAGGUUGGUGCUGUGUUUGGGGUGUUUCUGGAUCCGGUUCAAGAAGAUCAAACCGGUUCCCAAGGGUGGGGAUGUGGAUCUUGAGUCCGGCGAGAAGGGUUUCUUCCCCAUGGUUCUUGUGCAGAUCCCCAUGUGCAAUGAGAGAGAGGUUUAUCAGCAAUCAAUUGGUGCCGUGUGUAAUUUGGAUUGGCCAAAAUCAAAGUUGUUGAUUCAGGUUCUGGAUGAUUCGGAUGACAUAACAACACAGUCGUUGAUCAGGGAAGAGGUUCAGAAAUGGCAGAAAGAGGGUGCCAACAUUGUGUACAGGCAUCGGGUGAUUAGAACGGGAUACAAGGCUGGGAAUCUGAAUUCUGCCAUGAAUUGUAGCUACGUGAAAGACUACGAGUUUGUUGCCAUUUUUGAUGCUGAUUUUCAGCCCACCCCAGAUUUCCUUAAAAGAACGAUUCCUCAUUUUAAGGAUAACGACGAGUUAGGACUUGUUCAGGCAAGAUGGUCCUUUGUGAAUAAGGAUGAGAACCUGCUAACACGGUUGCAAAACAUUAAUUUGGCUUUCCAUUUUGAGGUAGAACAGCAAGUGAAUGGGGUUUUCAUUAACUUUUUUGGGUUCAAUGGAACGGCUGGUGUGUGGAGAAUAAAGGCCCUUGAGGAUGCUGGUGGUUGGUUGGAGAGGACCACAGUGGAGGAUAUGGAUAUCGCUGUACGUGCCCAUCUUCAUGGCUGGAAAUUUAUUUUCCUCAAUGAUGUUGAGUGCCAAUGUGAGCUACCUGAAUCUUAUGAAGCUUAUAGAAAACAGCAGCAUAGAUGGCACUCUGGCCCAAUGCAAUUGUUCCGUCUUUGUUUGCCCGACAUAAUACGCUCCAAGAUAAGCAUAUGGAAAAAAUUCAACAUGAUAUUUCUCUUCUUUCUUCUAAGAAAAUUGAUAUUACCCUUCUAUUCAUUUACCCUUUUCUGUAUAAUUCUUCCCAUGACAAUGUUUGUACCGGAGGCCGAGCUUCCUGCUUUGGUUGUUUGUUACAUCCCUGCCACCAUGUCGUUACUUAACAUCCUUCCAGCCCCCAAAUCCUUCCCUUUCAUUGUCCCUUACCUUCUCUUCGAAAACACCAUGUCGGUUACCAAAUUCAAUGCCAUGAUCUCCGGUCUUUUCCAUCUCGGAAGUGCAUACGAGUGGGUUGUCACCAAGAAAUCCGGCCGUUCCUCUGAGGGUGACCUUGUUUCCUUGAUUGAGAAAGGACCAAAGCAUCAUCAAAGAGGCUCCUCAGCGCCUGAUCUUGCGGAAAUAAAAGAAGAAAUCCAGCUACAAGAGAAAAAGGUGGGGUCAAAGAAGAAGCAUAACAGAAUAUACAUGAAGGAGCUUGCUUUGGCCUUUCUACUUCUAACAGCUUCAGCAAGGAGUCUCCUUUCUGCUCAGGGAAUCCACUUCUACUUCUUGUUAUUCCAGGGCAUAUCAUUCCUUUUAGUUGGUCUAGACUUGAUUGGUGAACAGGUUGAUUGAAUCUGAAAGGUAAAAAAAAAAAAACAAGAAAAAGAUAAGACUCUAUAGCUUGUAGAGAGAUACAUUCACCAAUUAUUUACACAAAAAACAAAGGUGGACAAGCUUGUACCCUAUGAAUCAUUGGAAACAGUCACGAGGACUCUGCAGAGGAUUUAAAGCGCAUAUUUUCUUCACCAUGCUACAUCCACUAGACCCCAUUAUGUUACUAUGGACAGAUGGAAAAGAGGACUUGAAUUUGAAUCGGGUACAAUUGAAGCCGGUUAUGGCUCCUCAAUGUGUAAGUUGACCAUUUUUUCCCCUUUUCAUUUUGUAACUUUAUGUCGAUUCUUUACUUGUUGGAUUAAUUCUUUUGUAAGAAAAAUUGUGGAUUAAAUUUCAAACCAAAAUUGGCAACAUUUUAGAAGCGACUUUGUCCUCUUUGUCAUGUUCUUGAAUCCUCCAUCGCUUGUUAUGAAGAAAAAUGCAAAUUGAAUCCUUGAUUUCA